GCCGGCGACACCGGCUCCAUUCAACUCAGCUGCGUGCACAUUUUUAGGUAAAUUCAAAACCAUAUCUCUGGGUAAUCGCUCUUGAUUCAUUUACUGAGCAAUGUCUUGGUGAGAUAUGAGCGCAUGAUAUGUAAUAGAAUGUGUGAAACCAAAUUCCUUACUAAAGUAUGUUUUCUAGCUCCGGGGACAGACUAGGGCGGAGCGCCCAUAUUCUGCACGACGUACCGGCGCUACGCAAAAGCCCGCAUGUUGUGAUUAGCCAGGGCUGCCCCUCCCUCCCUUGCCGGCAAUGUUUUGCGGGCGGAGCCAAAUAAUCAGGAGAAAUAAAUUUUCUGGGGUGCAACUAGGCAAAGCCGGGUGAGAUCUCUUAUAUUUUUUUUAAUCGGGGGGGAGAGGCGGGGUUUCCGGUGUGCAGUCUGCCUUAAAACCACUUAAACAAAAAAACCAAUUACAAAUAAGAAGAAAAACCACAGGAGAGCGAGCCAGAAGUACCAAGAAAUGCCAGCCGCAAAUAAAGACGCUGAUGGUGGAUGGAAGAAGUUUCUAUGGAAUUCAGAAAGGAAAGAGUUUUUAGGUCGGACCGGGGGCAGUUGGGCGAAGAUAUUAUUCUUUUAUCUGAUCUUCUAUGGAUUCCUGGCUGGAAUAUUUAUCGGGACCAUUCAGGUACUGCUACUCACCAUCAGCAACUACAAACCUACAUACCAGGACAGAGUUGCACCCCCAGGACUGACACAUCACCCACAUUCUGAGAAAUCAGAAAUCAGUUUCAACCUGAACAACCCAGAAACUUACUUUCCAUACACAAAAGCCAUUCGCAGCUUCCUGGAUAUGUAUGAUGAUGAAAAGCAGCUGGACCAGCUGAAAUAUGAGGACUGUGGGGAACAACCCAAUAAUGUCAAGGACAGAGGAGAGUUGGAAAGCGAUGUGGGUGUUAGAAAAGCCUGCCGCUUCAAGAGGUCUUGGCUGGCUGGCUGCUCUGGCAUUGAGGACCAGAACUUUGGAUACCAAGAAGGAAAGCCCUGUGUGAUUAUCAAGCUUAACAGGAUCGUGAACUUCAUACCACGGCCUCCAGCUUCCAAUGACAGCAUCCCUGAGGAAGCCAGGGAGAAAGUGCAGCCCAACGUGAUCCCUAUCUUCUGCACAAACAAGAGAGAGGAAGAUGCUGGGAAAAUCGGAGAGAUUAAGUAUUACGGCAUUGCAGGUGGAUUCCCCCUGCAGUACUAUCCUUACUAUGGUAAAUUAUUGCAUCCUCAGUACCUCCAGCCCUUGGUUGCUAUACAGUUUAAUAACCUGACCCAGAACACAGAGCUGCGCAUUGAGUGUCGGGUCUACGGGGAAAAUAUCCGCUACUAUGAGAAGGAUCGCUACCACGGACGCUUCGACAUGAAAAUGACGGUCAACAAUUUAUGACCAUCGCUACGUAGUUAGUUAUUUCUCUUCCCUAUUUUAAAACAAAUUUAGAAACAGAAGAACCUUAACACAUAGUCUUGAACAAGCUCAAAACAGAUGGAACACACAAGUAAUCCUAACACUAGCUUUUCCGCAUACAUUUAGGACUAGUUUGUAAAUUUAAAAAAAAAAAGAAGUAGAAAUAGCAAACUAUUUAUUGUAUUGUAAAUGAAUACUCCUUGAGCCAUGGGACAUUUUGUUCAUUUGUUACUGUAAAUUAUAGUUUCACUAAUUUUGCAAGCUGUCCUGCUGCUGCUGCCUUGCAUGGCAUAUAUACACACACGCACACUUUUUUGUGUGUAUAGUAAUAUAGUUACACCAAUGGUCCAAUGUCCUGUUGCUUCUGUUCGGUUUCACCAGUCCAUUAUGUGUUGCUAUAUAAUUAUAUGCACAUAUACGUGCACACAUACUUCAACAGAAAAAUAUUGGAAUGGCAUGGUCUUAUCGCUGCAAGCUCACGUCAGGAAGUGACAAUGUACAAUGUAGGUUUUCACGCGUUACACUGAAGGCAGGGGAGCACCACCACACGGAAACUGAAAUGCAGCCGUAAUAAUCCUCCUAUCGAAAAUGAAACCUUCCUAUUUUCUUUUAUACUGCUGUGUAGAAUUGCUUCAGUUUGCAAGGCAGUUACCAUAAUGGUAUAAAUCAGUGCUUUUCAAAAGCAUUGUUUUGAAAAACAUUACUUUCAAAUGAAUGUCCAAGCCAUUUUCAUGAUGGAAGAAUUUUUAUAUUUAUGCAGCUGUACAAUAUUUUUUUCUGCAGAAACCUGUAAUAUAUAAAUAAAAUACCAAAGUCACAGGUUUAAGGAUAGUAGAUACUAAAAGACAAUGUAUUUACCAGAUGUAUUAAGAGUUUGUUGGGUGUUAAGAUGUAUGAAAAAAGUUAACUGUUGAACAUGAAAAUAUACAGAACAUCUGUUCUUGUAAUUUAAGUAGGGGAAAAUAAAAAUAUUACUUCA